AUGUCUCAAACAGAACCGAAUGCAACUGAUCCUUUGGAGCCACGGAAUAUCCUGGCGACAAUGGAACAGAUGUUACAAGGAAAUGGUUCACAAUCUGAGACUGAAAAUCAGGAAGCCAAUGAGAUUUUUCGUUCCAGUCAGGAUGCACUUGCUGCAUUAUUUCACUCUAUUAUGGAAGCUGUAGGUUUUCGGCUCGUUGGGCUCGGUGAAGAAGACAGUGACGCCAAUAAUGUGGACAGGGAUUCUGAAGGCAAUAUCCUUGGCCUCCCAAAAGGGUGGAAUUCUCAAGGUCCUAAUUCAUACGCCUUCCGUUACAGGCACCCACAAUCUUCUUUAACUUUUUUAGUCAAAUGUAUGCGAUUGUCCAAUAAAUUUUUGAUUCAUGCUAUGGGAAUUGAGGAUAACAAAACUUGUACUCUUGAAGUGAUCACAAAUGAUUAUACUUCAUCUUCGAUUUUCCCAUAUACUGCUGAGAAACAUCAUUCCGAACCUCUUGCAAAUAUAUUUAUAUCAACAAGUCGUAUUAAAGAUUUAGUCAGCAUUUAUAAAAUUAAUAUCUUACAAAGAUUGAUUCCAGGAUUGAAUAAACCUGGAUAUGAAGAAACGCGUACAACAAAUAAUCAACCUGGAAGAAGUCAACCACAAUCUGUUGCCGAUGAUCCGUUACGUAUUCCUACGCGUCAACCACCACGCUUCAGGCCACCUAUUUUUGAAGAUCCUUACGGGGGUGACGAACCAUCGUCAAUCUAUAAUAAUCCUUUGAGUGUUGGACGCGACGAUCUUGAUCCACUUGGCUCUCGCCCGAUCAUAGGUCCAAGAUUUGGUGGUGCGCAACCUUAUGAACCUUUUGGUGUGCCAAGUCGAGGUGGUGGAAUGUACGUAGGGCCAAACCACCCGAUGUUUGAUGCACGUCCAAAUAAUGGUGGAAUCUACGGUGGCCCACAAACUCUACCAAGAGGUGCAGUUCCACCGGGUGCAAGAUUUGAUCCAAUUGGACCAUUUGGACCACAACCUGGCCGGUUCCCGGGUCGUGGUGGCCGCGGGAUGUUUAGUGGAGAUCCUGACAAUGAUGAGCUGCCACCACCCGGAUAUAAUAAUAUGUUUAUGUGA